AUGUCUUUCCUGCCGACGCAGAUUUUCGAGGAGGGCACGACUGAGGAAAAGGGCGAGAAUGCGCGUCUCGCCGCCUUUGUUGGCGCCAUCGCCGUUGGCGACUUGGUGAAGAGCACCCUCGGCCCCAAGGGCAUGGACAAGAUCCUGCAGUCAGCCUCGACUGGCGAAAUUAUGGUCACAAACGACGGUGCUACGAUCCUCAAGUCCAUCGCCCUCGACAACGCCGCCGCCAAGGUCCUGGUCAACAUCUCCAAGGUGCAGGACGACGAGGUCGGCGACGGCACGACAUCCGUGGCCGUUCUGGCCGCCGAGCUCCUGCGCGAGGCCGAGAAGCUCGUCGACAAGAAGAUCCACCCGCAAACCAUCAUCGAGGGCUACAGAAUAGCCAGCAAGGCUGCGCUCAAGGCUCUCGAGGAGUCUGCGGUCGACCACAGCAAGAGCCCCGAGGCUUUCCGCAAGGACCUGCUUUCCAUUGCUCGCACCACGCUCAGCUCCAAGGUCCUGGCUCAGGACCGCGACCACUUCGCCCAGCUCGCCUGCGAUGCUGUCCUCCGCCUGAAGAAGUCUUCGGACCUCAGCCACAUUCAGAUCAUCAAGAAGGCGGGAGGCAAGCUGAGCGAGUCGUACCUCGACGAGGGCUUCAUCCUCGACAAGAAGAUUGGUGUGAACCAGCCCAAGCGACUAGAAAAGGCCAAGAUCCUGGUGGCCAACACGUCGAUGGACACGGACAAGGUCAAGAUCUUCGGUGCCCGCGUCAAGGUCGGGUCGACGAGCAAGCUGGCAGAGCUGGAGAAGGCGGAGAAGGAGAAGAUGAAGGCCAAGGUGGACAAGAUCAAGGCUCACGGCAUCAACUGCUUCAUCAACCGACAGCUCAUCUACAACUGGCCCGAGCAGCUGUUUACGGACGCGGGCAUCAUGUCCAUUGAGCACGCCGACUUUGACGGCAUUGAGCGCCUGGCGCUUGUCACUGGCGGCGAGAUUGCGUCGACGUUUGACCACCCGGACCAGGUCAAGCUGGGCCAGUGUGACCUGAUCGAGGAGGUCAUCAUUGGCGAGGACACGCUGAUCAAGUUCUCGGGUGUUUCGGCUGGCGAGGCGUGCACCAUUGUGCUCCGCGGCGCGACCGAGCAGCUGCUGGACGAGGCGGAGCGCAGCUUGCACGACGCGCUGGCGGUCCUUUCACAGACUGUGCUGGAGCCGAGGACGACGCUGGGCGGCGGCUGCGGCGAAAUGGUCAUGGCCAAGGCGGUCGAGGGUGCAGCCACGCGGAUCGAGGGCAAGAAGCAGAUGGCGGUGUCUAGCUUCGCUGUGGCGCUGCGACAGCUGCCGACGAUUCUGGCCGACAACGCCGGCCUGGACUCGGGCGACCUGGUGGCUCGUCUACGCAAGGCCAUCUACGACGGCCUGACGACGUACGGACUGGACCUUACGACGCCCGGAGGUGGCAUCGCGGACAUGCGUGACCUGGGCGUGAUCGAGAGCUACAAGCUGAAGAAGGCAGUUGUUUCAUCGGCCAGCGAGGCCGCCGAGUUGCUGCUCAGGGUAGACGACAUCAUCCGGGCCGCCCCCCGGAGGCGCGAGCGGAUGUGA